AUGUCCGAAAAAACUAAAAUAGACUCACCGCUCCCAUCUUUGCCGAAGAAAUUGGAUUCCGAGGAUUCAAAUGAAAGUGCGUUAAAAAGCAAUGGCAUCAGCACUGAGAGUAACAUCAGCAGUAUAAAUGAGGGCAGAACCGUUGAAAAUGCAAGCACAAUGUCAAAUAUAAGCAAGAUCGGAAAUGUACAAUCGAGGCGAACUAGCUCAGUAGCAUCUUCAAGGCACUCUAGUAGUCGUUCAAGGUCAAUUGUAUCGAGAUCGUCUACUGGUAGGCAGACCGCAAGAAAGUCAGAAAUAAUAGAAGAUGAGGAAGAGAUUUUCGGUGGGCAAGUGAACGCCUGCUGUCUAGACUUUCUACUUAAUGAAUUGGUGCCUCUUUCCAUGAGGGUGGGGUCUCAGAUUCAUAAGAAUGAGAACAACAUAAACGAAAUGAUGAAAAAUUUGGAAUUGACGGGACGAGAUAGUCAGGAAGCUCUAGAUUUACUGAAGCAAGACAAAGUCUUCUCUCCCGGACGGACGGAUUACUUGGCUGAUGAUAAGGCUAUGACGGAUGCAAGCGUUUUAAACCGAAUUGAACAGAUUGGGUUUGAAGUCGGGUAUAAAAUCACCGACUGCAUAGUAUAUUGGAAACAGAUGAGUGAAAAAAUGGAAAUAAAACUAACGGACACUCUUGAGAUCAUGAAAUUCAUAUGCAGAGAUGUGUGGAAAGUCAUUUAUCGGAAGCAAAUGGACAACUUGCGAACAAACCACAUAGGCACAUUCAUACUUAUAGACAAUGGUUUUAGGCCACUUUUACACUUCCAGACAAGUGGUGGUGAUAAGGACACUGCAAAGAAGGCCGAGCCAUUCUUGAGGUUCCCGUGUGGACUAAUACGCGGGAUACUGAAGAGUUUGGGAAUAGAUUCUGUUGUGAAAGCGACUGUGAAUGAAGAUAAAGUUCCAUCGAUCUCAUUUAGUGUCCAGACUAAUUUAGAAGAAAAAGAAUAG